ACAAAACUGGUGAACAACAAAACAUCCAUGUGAAAGAUGGCGUUGCCUCUCAGCAUGGCAGGUUGUUGUCGUUUAGCGGGGCGGACAGCGGCCAGCCUGCUUUUCCGACCAACCCGUCGGAUGGUUCUGUCUAGCAAGAGGUGCUUUGUCAGUGCCAGCACAAUCAAUAACCUGCAGUUUAAAUUGGACGACCGAACAGCUCACAGCAGCCUGGACCUGUUUAAACGAGACACUGCCGUGAUCUACCGUAUUCUGGGCCUUGACCCCAGCCAUGUGCAGGACAACCCUGAACGCUUCCGCGACUGGGCUGUUGUGUUUGGCGACAAGCGCAUCACCGCUGGCCGGCAUUAUUGGGAAGUGACCGUCCGCAAGUCCCACGAGUUUAGGCUGGGGGUGGCAGAGGCGGCCAUGUCGCGAGACGAGUGCAUCGGCACCAACAACACCUCCUGGGUGUUUGGCUACGGGCAGCGCAAGUGGCUCGCCAUGACAACCAACAAGAUGGUGCCAGUCACUCUGGUGGGGAAGCCUGACCGCGUCGGCGUGCUGUUGGACUACGAGGCUGGCCGGCUCAGCUUGGUGGACACGCAGAAGAGCAGGAUCAUCCACAACAUCAGGGGCCAGUUCCGCGGGCCCCUCUGCCCUGCCUUCGCUCUCUGGGACGGGGAGCUCCUAACACACUCUGGCCUGGAGGUCCCAGAGGGACUGAACUGAACAGAGAGAAGCCUUAUGUGCCAGUUGCUUCCCAGAAAUGCCAAAUCCUCAAUCCGGGAAACAGCUGUCCCUUCUCUCUCUCUCUGGACUGUUGUAGCGGAGGUGGAAGUAUUAGGUCCUAUUUCAGACAGACUGUUGGACAGGCAACUCUCAUAACACGUUCGCUCACUUAAGAUGGCGGCAGCAGAAUAGCUGUGGCUGCUUUGGUCUGUCCUUAACCAACCGAUUCUCAGAGCCAAAGCCCGUUCAGUUUGCUCCCCCAGGGUCUGUCUCUCUCUCUCAGCCCAUAUCUCCAAGAGGCUGACAAUCUUUUUAAAGAUCAUCACUAUAAGCCCAGUCCUGGAGCUGAGUAGAGAGUGGUUGAGAGCGGAGGACAAACUGACGAGCUCUGGUCAACAUUUUGUAAAGCAUUACUUUUUUCCCCCUGUUUUUUAAUGGGUACACAUGGAGGGAACACUUUUGUUACUUUCAGCAUUCGUUGUCAUCGGAACAUUUGUACAGGCAUUUCUCAACACGAGCCAAGCAGGUUUUAUGUCACAGAGGAAUAAAAGUUGCAUUUGGGGUCAGAA